GUAGUGGUCUGGCUCGAGUCGUGAUAACAACUUGCUCAGUGGAGCGUUUUAUCAUUAUUACUUUUUUAAUAGUUUAUCGUAAUUUCACGAAUCUUCGUCGUGAUUAUAUAAUUACCUGUGAUUAGAUGAUGAUAUGACGAUCGCUCCAGAGGUCAAGUGACCUGACUCAAGGUCGAGUUCUUAUCUCGGGUCGAAGUAUGCUUGCCGUCGCACCUUAAGGGCCAAAGUCGCCAGUCAUCCUCUUAUUCAAUCUCCCACCGGAGCUUUGUUCUAUACAACGGACCGAUGGAGUGGACCAGUCUGUACGGGGACUGUCCCAAGAUGGUGCUCGGGUUGACGAUCGGGGCUGGUAUCCUUGUCUACUACCUCGUCGAGGCCGUCAAGCGGCCGCUAUUGGCGUGCAGAGCGGACAGUUCCUGGAGAUCCUUCCUGGAGAAGAACCUGAGCAUCCUGCAGGAGAGAUACUGGCCCACGCCCUGGUGCUACGAGUCCAGGUGUCAAACAAUCCUUGCCUCGGUCCUCAGGUCUCGGAUUCCUGAUAUUGAGUACAGGAGGGAGGUCCUACAGCUGAAGGAUGGCGGGGAAGUGUGCCUCGAUUGGCUGGACGUGGGCGAGGACCCUGACAAGCCGAGCAUCAUCAUCCUCCCAGGCCUGACGGGGUCGUCGCAGAGCGAGUACAUCAAGAGCUUCAUCCUGACGGCGAAGGAGAUCGGGAUCCGGUGCGUCGUCUUCAACCACAGAGGCAGAGGGGGACUGGAGCUAAAGACCGCCCGCACCUACUGCGCCGCCAACAGCGAUGAUCUUGAGGAGGCCAUCUUGCACAUCAAGGGCCUCUAUCCCAACGCUCCCCUCAUGGCCACAGGCAUUUCUCUCGGAGGGAUGAUCCUGGGCAACUACCUCGUGACGCGCAGAGAGAAGGCCGCAGAGUACCUGGUGUCUGCCAUGGUGCUCUCCAUCCCCUGGAACGUGUUCGUCGGCACAGAGAGCCUGGAGAAGCCCCUCUGGAACCUGCUGCUCAACAGACACCUAGCAGGAUGCCUCUGCAACUCCAUUAGGAACAUGAGGAAGCAGCUGGAGGGGUAUGACUGGGACCUAGAUCAUGUCAUGCAGAGCAAAACCAUCCGGGAGUUCGACUCACGGUUCACAGCCAUCCAGUUCGGAUACAGGGACGUGGAGGAUUACUACCGCUCGGCCUGCCUCCACGACAAGCUGGAUGAGAUCAAGGUUCCUCUCCUGUGUCUGUCGGCUGCGGAUGACCCAUUCCAGCCCAUAGAAGGCAUCCCCAUAGAAGCUGCCAACAAGUCCAGCCACGUGGCCAUCGUCAUAACGGCGCGAGGCGGCCACAUCGGCUUCAUGGAGGGCAUCCUACCCACCAACACCUACUACAGCGACCGCCUGUACAAGCAGCUGAUCCGGGGCAUCUUCUCCAGCCUGGGGGAGAUGAAGGAAGUGCAGAGGGAAGCCAUGAGAUUCGCCGAGGAGAACGAGCCGGCCAGAACGGAGAAGGCGCCAGCAUCUUAACCCCCGGCAUCCCUUAGAAGAAAAUUGUGUUGUUUCUUAUCUUUGUUGUACAUUUUUUGCUGUUUAUUAUUAUUAAUAUAAUGUGACGAUUCUUGAAUCAGUCCAGUUGUUAAAGAGGUGCUGUCGUGAGCUAGCAGCGACGUGGGUGAAUAACUUACGGGUCGGCUUUACGAUGACAGAGGGCAUCGUAUAGUCACAAGUUUACAGUGUUGUGAAGAUUACCCGGUUACAUUAUACUAAGAGCAAUAACUUGAUGGCGAAAUGAAUAUUGUACGUCGUACGAAGACGGGAGACAACUGCACGCAUUAUAAUAAGCCACAGAGGCAGUUCUACAAGAAUUACUGGACAUUUAUAACUAUAGAAUCAUUAACACAUCACACACAGACAAAAGACUGUAUACGUGACCCUCUAGAUUACUUGUACGAACUGACUCGACGCCAUAAUUGCCAGGUCAACAAGUCCCAUCAGGGGUAUUCCCUGCUACACCUGUACACCUAUACACUAACUGUACGAUGUCUACAGAUGCUCACAAAAGUAAUUUAGUACAAAUAACUGUUUGAGGAUAGAUAUCUGUUAAUCUUAUUUAUAUAAAUAAAGGUAGAAGACCA